AUGUCUUUUUUAAGCAUCCCCAGUCAAGAGAACCUGUUCACUGCUGUUAAGAAUGCGAAGCCCACAGAUGAAGAAGACGACGAUGAUGAAGAUGAGACCGAGGUGCGCCUCAUCCCUCGGUGCUCCCCGAUCCCCCGCAAGAGAGGCUCGUCCAUCGCAGACGAAACAGCGGAGUAUAUGCGCAUCCAGCAGGCCCUGUCCGGGGGGAAACGCGUGUCUUUCGCAGACACCACUGGAGGUGACCUUGUAGAUGUCAAAGAAUUUACUGCUUUUGACUCUGAGGAUGAGGACAGCGCGAAAUGGGAGGAAGAGGAGGCGAAGUAUAGACAAGCGCAACAAACGCCUAUCUACUGCGUGCAUCCAGAGUUCUGCAUGCCCAGUGACGGUGCCCUGCUGCAGGCGGUUCGCUCCAACAAAGUGGAGGUGGAAGACAUCUCAGCUGUAGAGAAUGAGCCCCUGGCCUUUUGUGGAGUUAUUAGAGUUUUGAAUAUAUCUUUCAACAAAGCAGUGUACAUUAGGUCCACCAUGGACAGCUGGACCUCCUACUAUGACCACCCUGCAGACUAUGAGCCAGGGUCCCAUGAUGGAGAGACGGACAAGUUCUGCUUUAAAUUAUGUUUUGCAUCACCUUACACCACACAUGGCUCUCGCAUAGAGUUCGUAGUUCGUUAUGAGACCUCAGAGGGAGACUACUGGGCCAAUAACUCCAAGAUGAACUAUGUGGUGACGCUUCUUGUCUCCUAUGAAGACACAUCCUCUGAAAAAGAAAUGUAUAUUAGAAAUGUAAGAAGUAUCCUGAAGCCCCACAAAAUGCACAGGCAAGAGAUAGAGUUUGAACUGGAAGAUGAAGAAGAACAAGAAGAUCCCAUUCCAUCUAGAUUGGUUCGACCUAUUCCCACCUGUCCUGUCAUCUUCCAGCCAGAACUCGAUGUAGAGCUCAUUGAAGCCUCAGCAACAACUUAG